AACCUGACCUUUGACAUGCACCCGAUGUUUCCCGCGAAAAAUUAUUCACCCUUGCUGCUUUUUGCAUUGUUAUUAUUUAUUGAAUAAACAAUUGUUUACUUUACUUAGACUUAUAUCUAAUUUAUCUUUAAAUAAUGGCUGAUGAAUCAUCAUCAGAUGCUGAUCCCUUUUCCACCGCCAGCAGCCCAGGAAGAGCUAGAGACCCACUGACUUCUAGUCCUAACAGAGAUCUACCACCUUUUGAAGAUGAGUCUGAACUGUUAGGUGAUGAUGAUGCUGAUCAAGAAGAGGAGGAAGAAGGUGAAAAUCUGUUUGGAGAUGAUAUUGAAAGAGAUUAUCAGGCUAUUCCUGCCUUGGAUACUUAUGAGGAUGUUGGACUUGAUACAUCAGAAUAUUCAGAUAUGUCGGAAACACAGCGAAGAGAGGCUGAAAGAGAAAUACGAGACAGAGAGAGGGAAGAAGGUGUACGUGCAGGACGUAUGAGAAGAGGAUUGAUCUAUGAUGAUUCUGAUGAUGAUGAUGGAAGACCAGCUAGAAAACGUCGCUUAGCAGAGCGCGCUGCUGAAGGAGGUGUUGCGGAAGAUGAAGAAGAGAUGAUUGAAAGCAUAGAGAAUUUAGAGGAUAUGAAAGGCCACUCUGUUAGAGAGUGGGUUACUAUGCUUGGACCCAAGACAGAAAUCAAACAUCGUUUCAAGAAUUUUUUGCGUACAUUUGUUGAUGACAAGGGGCACAAUGUUUAUAGAGAAAAAAUCAGACAAAUGGUUGAAGGUAACAAGGAAAGUCUGAUAAUAGAUUACAACAUGUUUGCGUCCAUGGAGCAAGUCUUGGCUUAUUUUUUACCUGAAGCACCAGCUGAAAUGUUAAUCAAUUUAGACGAGGCAGCUAAAGAAGUAGUUUUUAGUAUGUAUCCCAACUAUGAAAGAAUUGCCAAAUCAAUCCAUGUUAGAAUCUCAAAUCUACCUUUGAUUGAAGAAAUUCGUUCCCUAAGGCAACUGCAUCUGAAUCAGAUGAUCCGAACAAAUGGUGUUGUCACAAGCGUUACUGGUGUUUUACCACAGCUCAGUGUCAUCCGCUUUGAUUGUAACAAAUGUAGCUUUAUAUUAGGACCAUUUUAUCAGACCCAGAAUACAGAGAUUAAACCAGGCUCUUGCCCAGAGUGUCAGUCACAAGGACCAUUUGAAAUAAACAUGGAACAGACAAUAUACAAAAAUUACCAAAGGAUAACUAUCCAAGAGAGCCCUGGUAAAGUACCUGCUGGUCGUCUGCCCAGGUCUAAAGAUGCAAUAUUGUUGGAUGAUUUAGUUGAUUCUUGCAAACCAGGAGAUGAAAUUGAAUUGACAGGCAUCUAUCACAAUAACUAUGAUGGCUCCUUAAAUACUGCCAAUGGUUUCCCUGUGUUUGCAACAGUCAUUCAGGCAAAUUACAUAACUAAAAAAGAUGACAAGACAGCUGUGGCUUCUCUGACAGAUGAGGACAUAAAAGCCAUUGUUGCACUUUCUAAAGAUGAAAGAAUUGCAGAAAGGAUUUUUGCCAGUAUGGCUCCCUCGAUUUAUGGUCAUGAAGACAUAAAGAGAGCCCUUGGAUUGGCUAUUUUUGGUGGAGAAGCUAAAAAUCCUGGUCAAAAACAUAAAGUUAGAGGUGACAUAAAUGUUUUAAUUUGUGGAGACCCUGGCACUGCAAAAUCACAAUUUCUCAAGUAUCUUGAAAAAACUGCUCCACGAGUUGUCUUUGCCACCGGUCAAGGUGCAUCGGCUGUUGGUUUGACAGCAUAUGUUCAGAGAAACCCAGUCUCAAAAGAGUGGACAUUAGAGGCUGGUGCUUUAGUAUUGGCUGACAAAGGAGUUUGUCUAAUUGAUGAGUUUGACAAGAUGAAUGAUGCUGAUCGUACAAGUAUUCAUGAAGCCAUGGAGCAACAAAGUAUCUCAAUCUCAAAAGCUGGUAUUGUUACUUCACUACAAGCCCGUUGUACAAUUAUAGCUGCAGCUAACCCCAUUGGUGGACGUUAUGAUCCUUCAUUGACAUUUUCUGAAAAUGUUAAUUUAACAGAACCAAUUCUUUCUCGUUUUGAUGUUCUCUGUGUAGUCAGGGAUACUGUGGAUUCUGUACAGGAUGAACGUUUAGCAAGAUUUGUUGUAGGCAGCCACAUUAAACAUCAUCCACAUGCUACUGAGGAUCAGGAAGAACUUCCACAGAGACAACUGGGUGACUCUAAGAUAGAGCCUGUGCCACAAGAGUUAUUACGUAAAUACAUAACAUAUGCUAAAGAAAAAGUGCGACCAAAACUUCAUCAAAUGGAUCAAGACAAAAUUGCCAAAAUGUAUUCAGAGCUUAGGAGAGAGUCUAUGGCCACUGGAAGCAUACCAAUCACAGUUCGUCACAUUGAGUCAAUGAUUAGAAUGAGUGAAGCUCAUGCAAGAAUUCACUUAAGAGAUUAUGUCAAUGAAGACGAUGUCAACAUGGCCAUCCGUGUCAUGCUGGAAAGUUUUAUAAGCACACAAAAAUUCAGCGUCAUGCGAACAAUGAGAAAGACUUUUGCUCGCUAUUUAUCAUUCCGCAAAGACAAUAAUGAAUUGUUACUGUUCAUCUUGAAACAACUUGCUCAAGACCAGAUUGCUUUCCAUCGAAAUCGUUACGGUACAGACAUGGAGCAAGUUGAAAUUUCAGAAAAAGAUUUAGCAGAUAAAGCACGUCAAAUCAACAUCCACAACCUGACCUCCUUCUAUCAAAGUGAAAUCUUUGAAGCCAAUCAUUUUACCCAUGACACCAAGAGAAAAGUGAUUAUUCAUGUCAUAUAAAUAAAAUAAGAGUUCAAUCUCCACUUGUUGUAUAUAGAGUGAAAAAGAGACUUAAAAACAUUGCCAGCAGUUUGACUCAAUUGGAAGUCAAUAUUUCUUUUAAUAAUAAUUCCUCCCCACACUGAACUUUGAUAUCGUUAAUAUCAAUAAGUCAUCCCAAACAAAUGUGUAAAUAACAGAUUUGGAAUGUGGAAAUUGGAUUAAUAAAAUUACAAAUUUAAUUUAAUUUCACAGUAGCAUUGUUGAUAUUUGUAAAUAAUUGAACUCAUUCUUUUAAGAUAGCUUUGUAUGUAUAACAAUAAAGAACAUGUCUCUAUUGAUUUACUUCCUGCACAAUUGAUCUAUGGGUAAUAUUUUGUUUCUUUAGUUAAGGACAUUGACCACAUUAAUUUCCCUUAAUAGAAAAAAAUAUUUUCAUUUUUUUUAAAUUUCAUCUUGUGGUAUUUUAAUAUGAUGCAUAUUAAUGUUUUGACUUGACCUUAUGAUUCCUGUUAUUAUUAAAGAAAAACUAUGUUAAA